AUGGCAACAACACAUAGUGACAACAAUUCAUUUUUAAACAUUGACGACGAUCUAGAAGGAGUGGAUGAUUUUCUUGGGGAUGAACCGAACCCAUUCGAGGACCCAAAUAACGUUAUCGCGAGUGAUGAUGUGUCCAAACCAACACCGGCGGCGCCAGCAGCAACGCCAGCACCGGUCAUUGCCAGUGAUGAUGCGAACACGAAGCAGGGGAAGUUGGGUCCCGGACUAUUGAACUAUUACUCUCGAUUUUUCCAAUUGGACACGCACGAACUGCAAGAAAGAUUAGUGAACGGUAUUUCGUUCCGUCCUACCAUGGACCCCAUGAAGAAAGUUGGUGAUUUGGAGGAUGAUUCGGAGUCGGCGGCGGUGAUGGAUCUGUACGGGUCCGUUUGGAUCACAGCGAGCGUGGUAAUGAGUCGAUUUAUCGUUGUUGGAGGGUUACAAUUAGUGAUCAAUGAAUUAGUGCAAGGUAAGAAGUUGGGUAGUGUGGAAGAGAUGAGGAAGAGUGAGUUUAUCAAUUUGAUCCAUUCGAUCUGGAUCUUCUUCGGGUAUACUUUUGGUGUUCCCUUUGUCAGUUGGCAAUUGCUGAUUAGGGAUGGUAGUUGGAAGAAAGGAGUUGCAUUGGGCGACGUGCAUGAUUUGAUAUCUGUUUAUGGGUACGGUAAUGUUGUUUGGGUGCCCGUGUGUAUGAUUAUGGCUGGUUUGGAUCGAUACGGAUCUGUUUCCGGGGUGAUUAGGAUCCUGGAGUGGGUGACUUUGUGUUUCGGGAUGUGCAAGAGUGGGUUUUUCAUUUAUAAGAUGGUUAAUUUCGGACAAGAAGAGAGUAAAGUAUCAGUUUCUUUGAUUGUAAUGUUUUGUUUCCAUGUUGUGUUCAGUCUAUUGAUCAAGUUUAUAAUAUUUUAG